AUGGCUUUCACCAGUUCUAACAGCACGGAUGGCCAUCUGAACAUCCGCCCUAUGGUCCAUGGAUCGGACAAAAAGCUUAAUUUUGGAGCAUACAUUACUGGCCUCGAUCUGAACAAUGCUUCAGAUGACGAAGUCGAUCAACUACGUGAAGCUAUUCUACGGCAUAAGGUUGUUGUAGUCAAAGGCCAACAAGCCGAGACACCAGACAAGAAUUGGGAAAUCAUCACAAAGCUGGAUCCCAUGCACCAUAUGAUCACCCAAGAGGAAUUUGGGCGACUUUUUCAUCCCACCGGAGAGGGUUUGAUUGCCAUGUUGAAACUUGCCACCGUGCCUACCGCUCAAGAUGGUCAUAUUCAUUUGAUGGGAAAGGGAUACCAAGGAGACGAUCAUUAUGGUCUGAAGAAAUUGACUCUAGGUGAAGCCUUUGCCGGAAAUUAUUAUUCCAAGCCACUCGCAAAUGAGGACUUCCAAGCUGGCAUAGCCCGAUUCCAAAGCUGGCAUAUCGAUGGCCCUCUGUACAAAGUACAUCCACCCUACAUCAGCUCGCUGCGAUUCAUACAGCUGCCUGUUGGCGAGCAGAAAGUUGAAUGGGCUGAUGGGUCUGGUUUAAGCUUGAAAACCAAGCCAGGUCGUACGGGGUUCUUUAGCACGUCCCAAUUAUACGAAAUGUUGACAGAUGAGGAGAGAGUCAUGGUCGAUAACAGCACUGUUGAAUACAUGUAUUAUCCUUACGAAUGGAUCCGUGGCUGUCGCGGAAAUCCUAAUGGACUGAGCGUUGCAGACGAAGGUCGCGAGAAACCGCUUGAGUUAAUGGAGGAAAUGGCUCGUGAUGAGCAAUGGACCAAGACAUAUCCCAUGGUUUGGUUCAAUGAGCUUACAAAAGAGAAGUCUCUCCAGGUUCAACCGAACUGUGCUCGACGACUUCUCAUCCGGCGCUCGGCCGACCAAAAGGAUCCUGAGAUUAUCGAGGGGCCUGAGCGUGUACGUGAAUUCAUGGACAAGCUGCAGCAACGCAUUGUGCGGCCUGAGUACAUCUAUGUGGGGCCAGAAGAAGAAGGUGACCAUGUGUUCUGGUACAAUUGGGGGUUGAUGCAUUCGAGAAUUGAUUAUCCUGUAGCAUACGGGCCUCGUAUAGUACACCAGGGUUGGGUCCCUACACACAGAAUACCGCGUGGGUCACCAGCGGUGGCACAUUAG